UCCUGACUUUGCAGUUAGGCUAUGGCUCGCACGAAGCAGACGGCGCGCAAGUCGACGGGCGGCAAGGCCCCGCGCAAGCAGCUGGCCACCAAGGCGGCCCGCAAGAGCGCGCCGGCCACCGGCGGCGUCAAGAAGCCGCACCGCUACCGGCCCGGCACGGUGGCCCUGCGCGAGAUCCGCCGCUACCAGAAGUCCACCGAGCUGCUGAUCCGCAAGCUGCCGUUCCAGCGGCUGGUGCGCGAGAUCGCGCAGGACUUCAAGACCGACCUGCGCUUCCAGAGCUCGGCCGUGAUGGCGCUGCAGGAGGCGUGCGAGGCCUACCUGGUGGGGCUCUUCGAGGACACCAACCUGUGCGCCAUCCACGCCAAGCGCGUCACCAUCAUGCCCAAGGACAUCCAGCUGGCGCGCCGCAUCCGCGGGGAGCGGGCGUAAACUUGAUUUCCUGAUUCUGUGCCAACUUUGAACCCAAAGGCUCUUUUCAGAGCCAACCACUUUGAUCUAUAACAGAUGCCGUGACACUUAAACAAGUUCCGUUGCUAACCGAGCUCAAACUUGUAGCAGGCCUGGAAGACAUUUAGGGCUGUCUUAAAUUAAGGUCUCAAGCCUUUGGUCUCCUGAAGUUUUCCUAGUGUGUUUAGUUACAUGGUUUUACUUUCAAACCCGUAUUUCUCCAUAUGUUGCAUAGGUCUGACAGGUUUCGCUCUGGCUCUCGGAUUUAUGGGUUUUAUUCUAAACUUCGAGUAUGGUCUGUUGCACGUUUUUGGUAUCGUGACCGUUCCCUUGCCUCUUCCAUCCUACAGGCUCUUUGACUUUUGCAACGUUACUUGGCGCUGUUCGAGGCGUGGCCCGUUGUGUCUUUGGGGGCCUGGGCUGAGCCUUCAAGGCUUCUGGUUAUCUGUCUCUCCCAGGGUUCACCGUGUUGAACUUAUAGAAUCCCAAGGCCCCAGAACCCUUGGUCGGCAUUUAGCUGAGCAGAAUUUGGGGACCCAACUCACUAGCAACCGCCAGACCUUUAUGAAAGGUGAUCAAAGAUCUCCCCCUAAGCCUCUUAAGGGGAGCCAAGGUUUGGGUUAUUAGCUGGAGCACAAAAAAGUAAGAGGGUAGCGUUUCCUGAGAACUUCUUGCCGUCUAUCCUUCCCGGUGUAUCUACCAGACUAAACAACCAAGAGCGGUUUGGGUGGGUCUCAGAAAGUACCUCUGGAAAUGAAGAACGCAGGAAUGAGGAUCCUUUCAACUGACGCUUUUGACGCAGGAAUGAAGAUCCUUUUUAACUGACGCUUUUUCUUUUUUUAAGGUUUUAAGGAAUUUCUACACCUAAAUUGGGGCUCGAAUUUACAACGCAAAAAUCGAGUUGCAUGGUCUAUUGACUGAGCCUUUAACUGCCAUUCAAAAAGGCACUUUGGUUUUCCUAAAUUCUCUAUCUUACUCUCGACUUAAAUCUUAUGAGACUACCUCAUAUUUAUCCGUAAAACAUGGCAAUCCUUUGGAAGCUGGAGAGUUUUCUUAAAUUAUUCUGUUCAAUGCCUGUAAGAAAAUGGUUUGAUGCUAUUAUUAAACAGAUGUUCCUUUUCCAUGAAAAUAACAGGUUUCUCAAUUUCUAAACCGGUAACUGAAUAGAAGGGAAAUCAGGAAUUCUGUUCUAAAACCAUUCAGGGAGUUAUUUGGAAAUGUAGAAGGAUGUUUACUAAUUGGGAUGCACAUACUACUUGGAAGGAUUUCAUCUCUCAUGUAUUUAAACGCUUCGGCAAAUUUGAGUUUGAGACAGGAAAAGGUAUCCUUAACUAUAGAAUUGAGAAGCUUCUAUAAAAAAAAAACAACAAAAACUUUUAAUGGACUGUUUCACCUCAAGGGU